CAUCUUUUGUGAAGGUUGUGGAAGGUUUCUGGUCAGCCUGGAAUACUACCUCUGCCAGAUCACUGUCAUGUUCUUCUCGUGGCUGUUCUUCAGCUGGCUUUUCUCCUUCACCAAGAAAAGGGAGAUGCUUGGUUACUAUGGGAACGGAAUUCAAGAGUGCUACUGACAACAGUGAUCUGCCCUCCCUCGUCAUUUUCAAGCCGUCAUGGGCACCAGAUAACUGCCUGCGGGCUUACCACACAUCAUGGGUUGUUGCCUCUGUAAAAGUCACAAAGAGCUCCACUUUCCCAUGACGGUGAUACAAGAGGUUCAUCCUUCAACCUCCGCCAAGGAUGAACGUGCUCCAUCAAAUGGAAGUGCAGCAGAUAAAAGCGACCACUACAACAUUGGCGAGCUGGCCACUUCUUCUCUGUUAGGUCUGGUGGCUACGAUAAAGGAGCACAUCACCAAGCCCACAGCCAUGGCUCAAGGGCGAGUGGCUCACCUUAUUGAGUGGAAGGGCUGGGGAGGUGGUGGCGAGGCCAGGGGAGGAGGAAGUGGGUGGAGUGGAGGUUGGGCUCGAGGAGGCGGAAGCUGGGGGCCUGAGGAAGAUCAACAAUUUUACUCCCAAAUGACAGAUGAGAUCAAGGAAGCUCGCUUUGCUGCUGGAGUAGCAGAGCAGUUUGCCUUGGCUGAGGCCGCCAUGAGUGUUUGGUCGAUGAACGACUGCUUCGAACAACCUUCGACCAGCUUCCAAGGGACACAGAGGAGCCACCUGUUGUCUUGUUUCCUGCUGGAUAACAGAAGUGUCAGUCCCCCCCAGUACGGGCAAAGCAUCCACGCUCAGACAUAUGGUGACAGCCAGCUCAGCAGCCUGGCCACCCCCAAUCAACCACCCAUGACCGGCAUUAGACAGCAGGAGAGGAAUUCUCCCGGCGAGGACAAAUGCAGUGCAGUCACUGCAGAGGCUGCUGUGCGACACAUAGACAGCAGCUCGCUGUCUGAGGAUGAUGUGUUUUAUAAUUAAACAAAUUUGCAUUCCAGAUUGAGUGGUGCCUUGAGAUACAGGUGACUAGACAUGAUUUUUUUCCUUUUAUUUAUUUGUUUAAUUAGGAGCUGUUGUUCAGAUAUUUUGACUAACGAGCUAAAAUUUGAGAUAUAAGCGCUAAAAUCAACUUGCUUCACAAAAAGCAGCGGUUUGCUUCCAGCUGUUUAUUGUAUCUCCCUUUUGAGGUUUACUGUCAAACAGACAAACGAACAAACAGACAAACGAACAAACAGACAGACAAACAAACAAACAAACAAACAAACAAACAAACAAACACACAAACAAACAAAACAGAUAAUUACACCUUCUGUGUACCUUUACCGCCAAUGGUACUUACACCAAUACUGUCUGGCAUAUAUCUUUAUCUUCUGCAAAGAACAUUUAAUAUUACGACUGAAAUUAUCUCCAUUUGUGUUGUACUGUCCCCAGAUGACCAAGGGGCAUUGACCAGAAAGAGCAGCACAAUGUCCAUUCAACUGAAGUACUGAGACAAAAACGUAAAUUGUCUUAACAUUCAAUUUAUGUAAAUGAUGUACUGUAUGUUUAUUUAUUUUAUUUUAUUUUUUGAAGAAGAAGAA